UCCUUCCCUCCAUAACUGGGAAGAAUCUACCAAUAUUUCUUGCUGCCAUUCUGCUGUUCACAUCUGACCUGGGGCAAUUGUCCAUGCUUAGGCAGGGUCACCCAGGCUAAGAUGCAGAGUGCUACAGUGUGCUAAACGCUAGACAAAAGCACUUUGCUGGGCGUGAUUUAUUGUAGCAACAGGCCUUGGCAACAGCUUAAGUCCAUAGUGAUGGUUUCUGUGAAAAACAGGAGGCUGAGCUCCUUGUUCUGCUUCCAAAGAAGAGCUUGUCACAACAUGGGUUGCAGCACUUCCAGCAGGGCAACUGUCAAGGAACCAUCAUCCAAUAAUCCACAUCAGAGCAGAGAAGUCAAAAAGCAGGCUGAAAAUGAUCCACUUACUGGAACAGUUAACACUGUCUCCCAAGGUGGGUCAGUUGCUGAAGAUUAUUCCAGUGAAGGAAGGCUGCCAGACAGCGGUACAGGAAAGCUACCACCAGCUAAUGAACAAAAUACAGACAUACACAGAGGUGGACUUUCCAAGAAACCAGUGAGCUUAACAGAAAGAGAAAGACAGACAUCAUCAGACAUACUGGAGGAGCUUCGGAUGCAAGGAAUAAUCAAGACCUCAAGUGCAAACUCUAAUAACAGAGCAGGAGAUGAUGCCACAACAAGAGAAGAGCAACUGAAAAAGGAAUUGCUGACUGGCAGACCAUCACCACUAACAUCCCAUGAAAGCAGAACUACAGGGAGUGACAUAGACUGUUCAGCUUCUGAAGCUGAAAAAACUUCUAAUACUUUUCAGUUGCUUUCCUUAAAUCUGGGUUCAGGAAGCUGGAUAGAGAAAGAAGACUGGGAUGAUAAUGUAAAUGGCAAUUUUGAAGGUUUCACUAUGGUGGAGUCAGAUGUCACUUAUAAUAUGGUAAAUGAAGCAUUUUAAUCAGUACAAUUUCUUUCAAACAUAUUUGAGCUAUGGAAGUUAAAUCUCUAGGUUUUCACCUGCAUUAAAAUAAACGUACUAAAAACCAAACGAAAACAUUUGAUUAUGGUUUAAUUUGAUAGGAUAUUUUCAAUUUCCUUCCCCACAGACAAAUAAGAAUAUGAUGUAACUCAUUCUAGCAGGAUUGUUUAUUAUUUUCAAAUACGAAGAAAUUGAUACAGUUUGUAAGUGAAUAAAUAUUCAGAGUUAAUGAAGCAGAAUAACAAACUUGAAAUAGACCUUUAAAAUGGUCUCAUUGUUGACUGUUUCCACUUUAGAGCAAAAGAAAACUUUGCCAUCCUAAUCACUGAGGUAUUGAUAAAAGGAGGGAUAAACAGUGCAAUCCUACGUAUGUCC